CGUACACAGGCACGCAAGCAACCGCAGGUCCACGGAAAACAUUUUCUUUCGUCUUGUAAAUUAACGCAGCCAUAUUGUUGGGCAGCAAGGAACAGUCCCCUGCUGUUCUACAAUUGACGAGCAAAGCUGCGCCACGGUACUGCAGCACAACGAUACCAAUCCCGGCAGCGAUUCGUUACACGACGCCAGCGAGACAGCGAGUCCCCGUUGCCCCGUUGGAAGCAGCCCCCCCUCGGCUUUGUGGUUUCGCCUUGUUUCGCUUCACAUAUCCGGAUGCGAGCAAGAGCCCAAGUUUGACAAAUCUGAGCACUGAUCCGUGGCACCCGACAAGCGAUGGCCGGAUUCAAUCCGCAGCCUGACGAAGGUUACUCUGAAGAUCCCUUGACCGCCCUAUCCUCCGCGCCGCCCUUAUCCCUCAAGUCGCGCGAGGACGCCGUCUCGGCGCUGGGUUCGGCACGAUCACGCGACGAUUUCCCGCUAUGGUUAGUUGAACACAUAUCCAACCUUUCGCUCGCUCGCAAGACCGAACUUGCUAUGGCCCUCCUCAACGACCUCCCGACGAGCGUGAUCUCCCAGAUUGUCGAGAAUCUCCACCCUCGACUCUACAUCGACUUUGUCCAGUAUCUGCCCCCCGAAGUAUGCCUGAAGAUCCUAGAAUACCUCGAUCCCGUUUCGCUCAUUAAUGUGGCUCGCUGCUGCCGCGCCUGGUAUGUCCUCGCUCUCGACCGGAAGCUGUGGGAGCAACUCUAUUUCCUGGAAGGAUGGAAGGCAAAUCCCGAAGAGAUCGCAAAGGCUGAACGGGAGAUGAACGGCCCGUUCUCGUCGACCCACGGUGUGCUCCGGAGGAUGCAGUCGGAAGAAGACGCGCACGCCCACAAAAAGCGUGCUAUAUCGCUAUCGCCGCCACUGGGCGGCCAAACGGACACCGUGAUGGCAGACGCAGAGACCAAUGCACACCACCAGGAAGCAACGGAGACAGGUCCGACAGAAACCAGCAUUUUCGGUGGCCCACGCCGUCCUGUGCUGAAAACCGGUAUCUCCCAGCUAAUGGGAGAUCUCGAGAUGUCGAGUGCGGUGUCGCGCUCCAACUCCAAGGGCAAAUCAGCAGACAAGGGCAAAGGAAAGGCCCCUUCGUCUGCGUGGCCCGAAGCUCCCCAUGGCAGCAUCAGGAAUUCUUUCUUGCAAACGGUUAUGGAGCCACCGCGGCUGGCCAAGUCAACACUAUGGACUUGGGACGGCCCGUCGGGGCGAUACAAGAUCAAUUGGAAGUAUCUUUACACCAUGCGGCGCAGGCUUGAGUCGAACUGGGAGCGGGGCCGCUUCCUGAAUUUUCAGUUCCCCCAUCCCGCUCACCCGGAGGAGGGCCACGGAGAAUGCGUCUACAGCCUCCAGUUCAACUCGCGGUACCUUGUCAGCGGUAGCCGGGACCGUACAAUAAAGAUUUGGGACAUGAAGACCCGACGCUGUCUCCGAACGCUAGCCAAGCAUCGCGGAUCUGUGCUCUGCCUGCAAUUUGAUUCGGACCCGGAGGAGGACUUGAUCGUUUCGGGCAGCUCGGACUCGGACGUGAUCAUCUGGAGGUUCUCGACAGGAGAAGCUUUGCAGACGCUCAACCACGCACAUCGGGAGUCGGUUCUCAACGUCAAAUUCGAUAAGCGCAUCUUGGUAACUUGUUCCAAGGACAAGACGAUCAAAAUCUUCAACCGUAAGCCUCUCCGCCACGGAGACCUUGGAUAUCGAGAGGUGGACCCGGUCCCGACCAAUGUGAAGAACUACGGCUACAGUAUCCCUAUGACCCCCGACGACUUCCCCGUGAUCCCAGCGUGGACCAUGAUUGGAUGUCUGGAGGGGCACAGCGCCGCUGUCAACGCCGUCCAAAUACGCGACCGGGAGGUGGUGUCGGCGAGCGGUGACCGGCACAUCAAGGUUUGGGACUGGCCGACUCAGGUGUGCAAUCGGACUAUUGUCGGGCACAAUAAGGGGAUUGCUUGCGUUCAGUACGACGGCCGCCGAAUUGUGAGCGGCAGUAGCGACAACGAGGUGAAGGUAUUUGACCGCCAGACCGGGCUAGAGGUCGCCAACCUUCGCGCGCACUCGAGCUUGGUGCGGACGGUUCAGGCGGGCUUUGGCGAUCUGCCUCAUAGCGUCGAGGACGAUCUGGCGGAAGCGAAGAAGGUGGACCAGGAGUACUUUCGGGCGCUGGAGUUGGGUCUGUUGAAGGACCGAGACCGUCCCAGGCCAGGCCGGCGUUCCGGCAAUGCCGGGUCGAGGCGGCCAGAGGACAUCUGUGCUUACGGGGCAAAGCUGCCUCCUGGAGGCGGGGGCGGCAAGUAUGGGCGGAUCGUCAGCGGCAGCUACGACGCCAGCAUCAUCAUCUGGAGGAGAGACAAGGAGGGCGUAUGGAAGGACCAACAUCACUUCAAGCAGGAGACAGCCGCCAUGGCCGCCCUCCAACAGGACCGGCAGGAAGCUCCCACUCCAUUACACCCUUCGGUACAGGGCCUAGCUAGCCGUGAGGCACUUAGGGCGAUGAGAGCAGCAAGCUCCGGGGUCUCCACGGGGACUUUCGACGGCACGGGAACAUCGAUGCCCGCCCCUAGCACAGGAUCCCGCUUGCAGACGGCCAGCGCGCCGCCUGGUGGCUUGACAGGGCCAACACUGCCCCCUAUCAGCGCGCUCACGACGGAGCUGAACCAAGCCGACGGUUCUGUAGCGGCAUUCCAGCAGCUCCGCCAGGUUAUCGACAGCGCCGUUGAGGGGGGACAGCAAGCUCUGGCACAAGCCAUUGCAGCCCACCCGGCAAUCCUCACUUGCCGCGCCUACGUGGAAACCGCCAUCGACCGCCAACAGAAUCCAGUUGUCAGAAGCCAGCUGCGGCAGACGUAUGCUACCGCCCUUAUGCGGGACCAGUUUGAGCAGGCAAGGCAGAGACGCGAGGCGUUGAGGAGCCAGGAAGCCACCGGUUCUACAGCCACGGCAGCAGGCCAGGUCGCCGCCGAAGGCGUUGCAGCCGCUCAGUCGGGCGCCCGGCUGACCCCCGCCCAGCUGGCCGCGGCAGCGGCGCACCAGGCGCACGCGCACGUCCCUCACGGGGCUCCUAUGCAUCAGGUACCCUCUCCUGUUCCUGUUGUUGCCCCCGCCGCCGGCGCUGUCGCUUCCAGUCUCGGCUCCUUUGGGGGCUCCGCUGCUGGCGGAUCGACCGCUGCUCCCGGGCUGGGGGCCGCUCCCGCUGCUCCUCCUCCCGUUGGCCCCCAGCUCCCAGUGCAAGCGCAGGCACAGCAGCAGCACCACCACCAUCCACACAUUGCCCAUGCACCCUCACCGUUCGAAGUCCAUGACCCAGCUAACCCGGCGCGGGUGUUCAAGCUGCAAUACGACGCUCGGCGCAUCAUCUGCUGUAGUCAAAGGAGCGUGAUCGUCGGGUGGGACUUUUGCAACGGAGACUCGGAACUAGAAGAGGCGAGUCGGUUCUUCGGACCCGUGGACUAAACGGGCCGAUGGGAAGGAAGCGUCGAAAUAUAAACAUGAAUAUGGGGAAAGCGUUGUUGCGGGCUGCAGGAUGGCUACGCUGCCAGGGAUUCCUUUUUAUCAACGAUACACGAUUGACGAACGUAAUGGGGUGACGGUUGUCCACCUGACAUGACCAAGAGAGUCCAGCGGCCUGUAAAUAUCAUUACUGUAAUGACCAACCCGAAAAUAUUGUCCCGUUCAUUUCUCGCCG